AUGAGUAACUCUCGUCGACCACCCGUUAAAUUUUCUGAGCCCAUCUUCGAUCGAACUUUAUCCACACCUGUCUACCAAACUUCUGCUCAACAGUCUAGAACCACAACUCAAGACCAAAUAAAAAAUGUUCCAUCUGGUUCAUCAGCAACAAAAUCAAAAUGUUCUGCUUCACGAUGUAUUGGUCUCGAAUUAUUAAUUUUAUUACUUCUUCUUGUGUUGGCAGCUCUCAUCAUUCCAAUUGUUGUAGUAGUAUUAGAUAAUCGAUCUUCAUGUUCAACAACAUAUUCUCAAACUUUUACAAGUGGUGUCACUACAACAACUCAAUGUACAGCAUGGGUAGCGUUCACAAAUAGUUUGACUUGUUCAAGUUAUUCACUGAUGCGUAUUUAUGGUUCUAAUGAUCCGGUAGGCAUAACAGUAGAUAGUUCAUCUGUUGUUACGGCUUUCGCACAAUCUUUACGCUAUAAUUUUACAUUUGGUAUUAGUUAUAACGGAAUUACGUGGAGGGUUGGUCCAUGUGGUAAUGGUGGGGAAAUAAGUGCAACAGGAAGUCUUUGUGCUUGUGGAUCCGGCUACACGAUGAGACCAUGUUAUACUAGUCCUAAUUGGGGUGGUAUCAAUAGUGCGACAUGUGGUGCGGCAACACAAACAAUGUCUCUUCAUUUCGAAUGA